CUCUCUCUCUCUGUGUAUACACACACGCAUAUCUCACACACAAAUCGAACGGUUUAUAUUACUCAGUAUUGAUUGACUUCACUAGGGUUUGGGAUUUUAGGGUUUGUCAAUGGAACCAGGGAUGAACAAAACAAAAAAGGCGACGCUGAAUAUCCAUAAGGCGGCUUCGUCGGAUGGUGAUGGUAAAAAAAAAUUUGCGGGCUUGGCGAAUAAGCCGAUUGGGCCGGUUGACCCAGUCAAAUGUGCGGCGUAUGGGGCUGGGGUAGUCGGUGGAACGGCAGGCACACCAUCAGAUUUUAUGAUUAUGACGAUGGAUUCUGAUGAAAAGCAGGUACAAGGAGGUGGCGCGGAAUUAAAAGUCCUGAUUUCGCCCACUCCAGGCGUUGGGGGCUCCAGUCAGGCUGGGACUGUGGAUACGACUGUGCAUGAUAUGAAGGAUGGGACGUACAGGGUUUUCUAUGAGGCUCCAAAGAUGGGGGAGUAUGAGUUGAGGGUUUGGUGCAAUGGGACUCAAAUCGCGGAUUGCCCCUUUCCAAUGCAUUUCAGUCCAGUUAAGCAGACCAAGCCCAGUAUGCCAAAUUGUUCUUCUGUAUGGGGGGUAUUGCCAGGUUUGGUUGAAAUGAUUCCAGGCAUUAUUCCUGGUUCUCUAGGAGGAGUGUAUUUGCCUGGAGUUGGAGCAUCUCUUGGACAACUAUGCCAAGAACAUCUUAAUGGUCGGUGUUCAAAAACAGUUUGCGAGUACAAUCACCCUGCUCACGAUCUCCUGUUGGCUGCUUUGGCUACCACGACCAGCAGUCAAGUGCCCAUGGUGCCGUCUCCAGGUGAAAUGUUGCCGUCUCCAGGUGUAAUGGCUGCUGCUCAGUCAAUUGUUGCUGCUGAAGCCCUUCAAGCCUAUGCUGAUGCACAAGCUCAAGCUCAGUCUGCCAGGGUCUCUUCUGGAUCAGCUGACAAAGAGGCUGAGAUCUUGAAGAGGACUCUACGAGUUAGCCAUUUCAAUCCACUUUUCACAGUGGAUAUGUUGAAAGGCCAUUUCAGUUUAUGUGGGAAAGUUGUUGAAUGUAGUAUCACUGAUUCGAAGAAGUUUGCCUACAUAGAAUACUCAACAGCUGAAGAAGCUAAUGCUGCUUUCACAUGGAACAAAAGGGCUGUUGAGGAUAAGUUAUAUGAAGUUGAAAUGGCAAAAUCACUUCCGCACAAACCAGCUCUUUUGAGCUCUUCUAAUUCUCAAUUUUCUUUGUGCAAGUUGAUGGAGAAAAUUAAGGACAUGCAAUGGGUGCGAUUUAAGCAGGCCGCGGACAUGCCAGAAACAAUGACACCACAGCAGGCAGCUGACCAAGCAAUAAUGACAGCACGGCAGGCAGCUGACCAAGCUGCUACCAUGAAGACUGCAAAAGAAGUAGCAGUAGCUAGAGCUGCAGAAAUAAGCAAGAAGCUGAAAGCUGAUGGAUUUGGAAAUAGCGAUGAGGAAACAAAUCGAAAAUCUAGGGACAUUAGGGAUGACGGUGGCAGAGGCAGAAGAAGGGAUUUAGGUAGAUCACAUGACCACCAUUCUUCUGUUUCAAGGAGAAAUAGGAGUAGGAGUACAAGCCCUCGAACGAGGAAGUCGUAUCGGGGUGAUUCAGACUCGCCAAAACAUCGUCGAGAAAGUUCAACACACAGGACGAGGAAAUCACAUGACCACCAUUCUUCUGUUUCAAGGAGAAAUAGGAGUAGGAGUACAAGCCCUCGAACGAGGAAGUCGUAUCGGGGUGAUUCAGACUCGCCAAAACAUCGUCGAGAAAGUUCAACACACAGGACGAGGAAACCACCUCGUGCUAGUUCAAAAUCACCAGGGCAUAGAGGAAGUAGGCCGUCCUCGAGAAGUGAUGAUCUAAUUAAAUCAAAACACACAAGGCGUUCCAGGUCAAAAUCUGCUGAAGUUAAGCAUCAAUCCGGGGAUAAAUUAGAUGACAGCAGAGAAGAAAGAUCACAGCAUCCGAGAGAAGAUGGUCGAGUUCAGUAUCAGAGGAAGGUAAGCGUCACAGGAAUUAGGUUAUCUCCAAGAUAUUGAUUUGGGAUCUGCACUUGCUAUGGUGAGCGUGCACAUGUCACAGCAUCUUGGCAACUUGGAAGAGACCAUCAAUCCAGUGCUGUCGAAAGAUCCCUGUAGAAAAAAUUCACAGCUUAUCAAAUGAAGAAUUGAAUCAGUUAUUGAUAAACAAUAGUCAAUGCUGGCAUGUGAGCAAAGUUAGGCAUCUUUCUCCUUUUUAACCUUUACAACGAGAAAAGAAAUGAAGGAACCCUGCUAUAAUCCUUUCAUCUGUGCUAGUCUUAAGUACAAUAAGUAAGUUUUAAACUACUAAUCUAGUUGCAAUUUUUCUGUGUGAAAGAUUUAAAUGGAAAGGCUGAGAUACCAGAUUCGAAUGUGUAA